CAUUUUAACCUCCUUAUGGGGUUUUAUUUUUACCGUUUUGGAGCCCCCCAUUUGUUUGUAAUUAGGGUUACGUCACUGGGUUAAAAGAUGGACGACGUGUCAUUGUGAGUACCAAAUAAAAAACAAUUCUGGUACCAAACUAGUGAACAAUGGGCGACGUAUCGACGACAAAGUCCACCCUGGCGCAAAACGAGCCUGCCAUGAAAGGUUGGUUGUUCAAAUGGACCAACUAUUUGAAAGGUUACCAACGUCGAUGGUUCGUUCUCCAAAAUGGACAUCUGUCAUACUACAGGGCCGAGAAUAACGGAGGGGUCCCCACUCUGUCAAUUCGGAGACGUAGAAGGUUCAAGGGGAAUCAAGCCGAGAUGGCGCACACAUGUCGCGGGAGUAUUUCCCUUCACGGAGCCCUGAUUUACACAGUGGACGCGUGCACUUUCGUCAUCUCAAAUGGGGGCACACAGACCUUCCACAUCCGGGCCGCUUCCGAAGUGGAGCGUCAAUCGUGGGUCACAGCCCUCGAGCUUGCCAAAGCUAAAGCCAUUUUCAGACGCAGCAUGGAGUCGGAAGACGAUGAAGAGGAGACUGAUGAGGGGUCCGGCAGCCCCGAAGACUGGUCAAGCGUUGUGCGCAAGUUGGAGGCUCAACUGAACGACAUCCAGACGUGCAGUGACCUCAUUCAGAGGCACUGGAAGUCGUUAGUUAAGCCUCUGACUGAGAUGGAGACUAAUCUGGAUCCUGAUGGGGUCCAAGCCAAGUCAAAGGAGGUCGGUGAGAGGGCCACUCUCUUCCGUAUCAGCACAAACGCGAUGAUUAACGCCUGUGGGGAGUAUUUAAAGACAGCCCAGACUCAUGGACAUAAGUGGAUCAGGCUUUUGCAACACGAAAGAGAACAAAGGCAAAGACUGCAAGAAAUGGUGGAGACUCUAGCUCAACAACAUUCUAAAUUGGAGCAGGCGGCUAACGCCCACACGAAUCGGCCCACAGUGAAUCCAAGCGAUGGGGAAGAGGAGGACGAGAAUGAGUUUUACGACGCUGUAGCUGAUAGUACUGGGGGUGUUUCCGACGGGCAUUUUACAUUAGAUAUACCCACCGGGACAGGACAUAGGAGGAACAGUUCUGACAGUUCGAGUGAACCAGAUGAAACGACUGAAACUAAACAAGUGGUGGUGGUCACUGGUAAAUCGACAAAUUUAGCGCGUAAAGUCCAACAGAGCGAGAGCCACAUCGCCACAAUUUCCACCAGUAAAAGACAGAGGCGGACUCGCGUCCCGGACAAGCCUCACUAUCCUCUCAAUCUAUGGAGCAUAAUGAAAAAUUGUAUAGGAAAAGACUUGUCGAAAAUUCCGAUGCCUGUUAAUUUCAGUGAACCUUUAUCAAUGCUUCAACGUCUCACCGAAGAUUACGAAUAUGCUGACACUCUCGAUGUAGCUGCAAAAUGCACCGAUCCAUGUGAACAAUUGGCUUAUGUUGCCGCCUUCACCAUCUCCUCUUAUUCGACGACGAGUUCGCGAAUUGGUAAACCGUUCAAUCCGCUUUUGGGGGAGACGUACGAAUGCGAUAGAACAGACGAUCUGGGUUGGAGGGCGUUCAACGAACAAGUAUCGCAUCAUCCGCCAAUGGUGGCACAGUUUUGCGAAGGCAGGGAGUGGAAAUGUUGGCAGGAGUUUACGAUGACAUCGAAAUUUAGGGGGAAAUAUCUACAGGUGAUACCGUUGGGGACGGCACAAGUCGAAUUCAAUAAUGGAAAUAAAUAUUCGUGGAGAAAAGUCACAACAACGGUACAUAAUAUCAUCGUGGGGAAAUUGUGGGUGGAUCAGCACGGUGAUAUGGAGAUUACUGGGAAGGGGGCUGCGGCCGGGAUCAAGUGUCAUUUGAAGUACAUACCGUAUUCGUAUUUCACGAGGGAUACGCAGAGGAGGGUUAAGGGGGUGGUGAUGGACAUUGGGGGGAAUGUCAAGUGGAUCAUUAACGGUACGUGGGACAACCAGAUUGAGAUAGCCCCCGUGACGGGUAAUACGGGGAGUUCUAGCAACCCGGUGUACGAGACGGGGCCAUCGGUGGUUGCUUGGAAGCGUCGCAUGCCGUCCCCCGAUGCUGAUAAAUACUACGGUUUUACGAUUCUCGCUGCUCAAUUGAAUGAACCGGAGGAGGGCGUAGCUCCUACCGAUUCGAGACUGCGACCCGAUCAAAGACUAAUGGAAGAGGGGCGUUGGGAUGAGGCAAAUACCGAAAAAGUGAGACUCGAGGAGAAGCAAAGGGCGACGAGGAGGAAGCGUGAAGCUGAGGCUGAGAAAGCAGCAGCAGAAGGGAGGCCCUAUGAGCAAUACAAGCCGGUUUGGUUUGAACAAGUCACAGAUGAGAAUGGGGUUGCUCUUCAUGUUUAUAAAGGAGAUUAUUGGGUGUGCAAGGAGAGGCAAGAGUGGGAUCGGUGUCCUGACAUAUUCUAGUAAUAAAUGAAGCUUGAUUAUUAAAGUAAUUUAUUUAAACCGAGGCUGAGGUUUUUCCCGGGUACGGUAUUUUAAUUUUUAUGCUACAAGUCAAUGUUGGAAACAAUCAUAUAUCCUUCUUGUAUAUAUUCGUUGUAUUUUUAGCCUGUUUUAGAACGUGGAACAAGAGAAUUUACUCAGUUUUUGUAUAAAGUCACACUUUCCGCAAUUAUGUGAUACCAGAGAAAUGUAAAUAAAAUUACAUUGUUGUGUGUAAUGGUUUUGAGACUAAGGAACAUUAGAUUGUUGUAUAUAUUGUAUCAAUGCUUUGGCCGAUGUAGGAUUCAAUAAAUUUUCUAAUACA